AUGACCAACCCCAGCUCUGCCUUCUCCAGCGGCUCCCUGUGCUCCGGGGAGGCGGCGGCCAGCAUGAGCCCGUCCCCGGAGCGCCGCAGCCCCGACGGGGGGGCCAGCGACGGCCACGGCUCGGUGGCCAGCGAGGGCUGCGGCUCCCUGGGCAGCCUGCGCUGCUCGCCCUACUCGCCCUUCUCCAUGGACGGGAGGGUCCCGGCUCCCGUGCGCCUGGACAUCGACACCGAGUUCCAGGCUGUGCGGCAGCAGGAGAAGGAGGACAUCAAAGUGCUCAACAACCAGUUCGUGACCCUGAUCGAGAAGGUCCAGAGCUUGGAGCAGCAGAACAAGAUCCUGACGACCAGGUGGAACUUCCUGAAGGACCAGGACAAUUCCCACUCUGACUCGGACAUCAAGGCCAUCUACGAGCAGUACAUGAGCAAAAUGAACCAGGAGAUGAAGGCGCUCAACUACGAGCAGGAAAACCUGGAGUCGGAGCUGGCGAAGGUGCUGAGCACCAUGGACACCUUCAGGAGCAAGUAGAGGAUGAGUUCAGCACCCAGGGGGAUG